CGACUUUACGUGCUUUCGCAGCUGCAGGAGCAAGAUGUUAUGUCUGAUUCGGGUCUGACUGUCAGUCGUUACGAAAAUUGCAAUGCUUGUGGAUAAAACCUCGCUGUGACUGUGGUGAUGGUUCUGAAACCAUGAUAAGAUGAAACCAUACGGAGAUGUUACAACUAUGCAUUUCAAGCUAGCUGAAGCUAACGGUUAGCCGUUGUGUUAUUGCGAAGAAUGACAGCUACGAGGGACAAGAUGCUUAAAAGAGGAGAGAGGUGAAAUGUACAUGGAGGCAGUGAGGAUGGUCACAGCUGGCUGAGAUUCAGCUGCUGACACAACCGGUACGACGAUCCAGGUUGAAAAGUAGCAGGAGCGAUGAAGGAAGAGGGCAAGGCAGAGUGUGGGGCCCAGCCUCUGUUUGAGGACCCGGACUUUCCCUCUGAGGACAGGUCCCUGUUCUGUGACAGCUCCACGCCCAUCGCCGGGCUGCAGGGAGACAUCACCUGGCGACGCCCACAGGAGAUCUGCCAGUCACCAGCCCUCUUCCCUGAUAACAUCAACCUGGGUCAUGCAAAACAAGGCUUGUUAGGAGACUGCUGGUUUCUCUGCGCCUGCACCUUCUUGCUCAAGAAUGAACAUCUGCUGAACAAGGUGUUACCACCAGAUCAGCCCCAGUGGAGUGACAGCAGGUACAGGGGCUCCUUCCGGUUUUGUUUCUGGCAGCAGGGACACUGGACAGAGGUGACCAUUGACGACCGGCUGCCUUGUAUCAAUUCUACUCUCUGCUUCUCACGCUGCCACUCCCCCACUGCUUUCUGGGUAGCCUUGUUGGAGAAGGCCUAUGCCAAGCUUCACGGCGCAUAUGAGCGACUGUGGGCAGGGCAGGUGUCUGAGGCCCUGGUGGAUUUGACCGGAGGCCUGGCGGAGCGCUGGAGCUUUGGAGACUUUGGCUCAGAUGAGGAGCAGAUCACAGAACAGGACAGUGACCAGGUCAGGAGGAGAAGGCUGGACCUGAACCUUCUGUACCCGGUGAAAGACCAGUGUGCAAUCAGCUGCUCCACUCACAGCAGCCCUGGAGGGGCCAGUGAGCUGGGUCAGUACCAUGCACUGACUAUCAUGGAGUGGUUGGAUGUGAAGACUGUGUCAGGGAGCAAAGUACUGCUGCUCAGAAUCAGAAACCCCUGGGGACGAUGCUGCUGGGGAGGGGCCUGGAUUGGGAGUGGUGCUGGUUGGAGUUCUGUCGACUCUGUUUCAGCAUCGGACCUACAAUCCAGAGUGGCUGAGGGUGAGUUCUGGUUGGAUGAGACCGAGUUCCUGUCCCAGUUCGAUGAUGUCACAGUGGGCUACCCCAUCAGCGACGAGGGACACCUAAAGAGCAUCUACAGUGGAAAUCUGCUGAUACACAACCAUCAGCUGGUUGGCCGUUGGAUAAAAGGGCACUCCGCGGGCGGCAGUCGAAACAGCAGCAGUUAUGGUAGCAACCCUAAGUUUUGGCUCAAAGUGUGUGAGAGAGGAGAGGUGCUGGUAUCCCUGCUACAGCAUAGAAAACAGAGAAACACGGGGAAAUACGCACAAACGCCACUCGAGGAUAGCAAGAACACAAAGCACCAGCACUACCAGGCUAUCGCUCUACAUAUGUGGAAGGUGGAGAAGAAGCGUUUUAAUCUAAGCCGGAUGUUGAACAAACCUCCUUGUGCUUCUACUCACUGCCAUGCGUAUGAGAGAGAGGUGGUCCUCCAUGGAGAGCUAUUGCCCGGAUACUACCUGUUGAUCCCCAGCACCUACCAGCCAGGAGCUGAGGCCCGCUUUCUCAUCCGGGUCUUUUCUUCCUCUUCCACAUCCCUCAGUGGCCUGAAAAGCCCAGCACCGUCACUGCCAUUAACAACAGAUGGAGAGUGGGAAACCAGUUACUUCCGGGGCUCGUGGGUGGAGGGAAGGACGGCCGGAGGAAGCAGGAACUUCCUGUCUCACUGGCAGAACCCAUGCUUCCCUUUUACAGUGUGUGAUGAGUCAGCAGUGACAUCAGGCGUUAAUGUCAGGAUUACCCUGCACCAGAGCCGCCCUGACACUGAUCUGCACCCUAUUGGCUUCCACAUUUAUAAGUUCCCAGAAGGAGUAUCUGAGCAGACGGUCCCCAGAGACAAGGAUCCUGCAGCCAGCUGUGUCCCUCACUGCUACACCCAGGAUGUCAGUCUGGCCUGCUGUCUCUCUCCGGGAGCUUACACCGUAGUGCCGUCCACAUAUCAGCCCGACUGCUCGGCAAACUUCACCCUCAGCCUGGCUCGCAGAAUACACAGGAAAGUGGUGAAAAGCCAGGAGAGGCUGGGAAGAGCCAUUCAGGAGGUCUCUCACAUCUCAGUGAUGCAAAGCUAGUUCUCUGGGACUGUUGCUGCUCCACUGACAUCGCCUCACCUCCCUGUGCCUCUUGGCCCAUGAUGAAAGAGCCAGCUCUCCCAUCCACCCUCACCGUGGAGGCUGUAUGUGUAUGCAUUUAUGUGUAUGUAUGUGUACCGGCAGUGGCUGAGAAGGCAGGCGGGCAGAAUUAGUGGGAAUGUGUGUGUCGGGAAUCCUAGAAACCCCUUUAUCCUGAACCGCUGAGGCUCAGGGCUGAUGGGCAGCCACACACUCAUCGGCGAUUAGGACAUCAGAGGUUGUCGGUGGGCUGGGCUGCUAAUGAAGUAUGACGGGACUGGCUGGUGUAAACAAACAGCCGCCAUUGAAGAGGACCGCCGCUGCUCUUGCUCAUUCACUCACUGGUGCGCCUGCCGGCCCAGAACAAAGAGCCCUCUCAUGAAGGUCCUCACAGAGGCACAGGGGGCAAGGGAUGAGGGGAUGGUCUCCGACAGCAGAGCCAACCAAACCACACCACACCAUACCGUGCCAUACCAUGCCAGAGCUUUCCUCCCAUCCCUCACCCGUAGACACUCUGCUCCUUCCCCAGCUUGCGUUGUUUGCCUAGACACAGUCAGUCAUCCCCAAACCUGAUCACCAUCCACUAACACCAAAGUCAGGCUGGACCCAAAGAAGUCCACUCCAUCAACCCCCUUCAGCUCCCUUUUUGUCCCCCCAGACUCGGUCCACAGCUCUGCUUGGACCUGAACAGAGCCACGGUUUGAAGUUGCCGCGAGAACAGAUGACAAGCGGACGGACAGAAGGGAUGAAACGAGGGACGCGGCACAUCAGAGGAUGCCGGUUCAUAUGAAGAAGCUGCCAGUCCUUUUUGUGUUGAGGCUGCGUAUGUGUGGUGGUGUGUGUGUCUGCCUGCUCGCACACAUGUCUGUGUGUCUCAGUCACAGCGUUUCUGGUUAAUCAUGAACAGAGACUUUUACAAAGCUAUAAUUAACUGAUUAGAGUGGUACUCUGCUGUGUAUUUAUUGUGUUUGGGAGUCAGCUGUAUGAGAUGUGAGGAUUAAAAUGUUAAAAC